UCUUAAGGAGCGGCUGCUAGUCAGUGUGGCCGGCGCGCGCGCAUCCCGAACACCAGUGCGAUCCAAAAAUAUCGACCUACACGGCCCGGCCGCAUUCGCGUUGACAUGGGCUGACCGCGCUCUCCCUAUACAAACAAAUUUCAAUUUUAACACCGAAACAUUCCAAAUUUAAAUACGGAAUUCUAAAUUUGAAAUUCGCUAGUGCUGUUCUGUUUUGUGUGAUUUCCGCGAGGCCGAUGCAGCAAUGUCGCCGACCGCAAUUGGUACUGAACUGCCGCAAUGGUGCGGUAAGACGGAGAGCUGCCCGCAAGCACUGCUCGGUUGGUUGUACUUGACUCACGACCAGAAUGAUCAGUGGAUGCCGGGCUCAGUAUGGGGGCCACUGCCAACAGCUGCCCCAGGGUCCACCCAGGCUCCAACAGACGACACCAGCUCUCUGGCGGAGCAGCUGAGUGUCUUGUCGCUGCGACGGCCGCCGCGACCACCGCCUCCAGCUUACAUGUGCCACUUGUGCUUCAAAAAAGGCCAUUACAUCGGGGACUGUCCUCAGGCUCGACCCAAGGGCGAAGGCUUGACCCCGUACCAGGGUAAGAAGCGUUGCUUCGGCGAAUACAAGUGCCCCAAGUGUAAGCGCAAAUGGAUGAGCGGAAACUCUUGGGCCAACAAUGGACAAGAAUGCAUCAAAUGCCGCAUCAACGUGUUCCCACACAAACAGCGACCGCUGGAGAAACCUGACGGCUUGGACGUGAGUGACCAGUCCAAGAUUCACCCCCAGCACCUGUGUCAAAAAUGCCGUUCGCUCGGGUACUACUGCCGUCGCGAGUACUAAACGCUAUUUCGACUGUUAACCGCCAAUUUCUCUUAACUAACACGUAAGAAAUUUUACAGGAGACAAAAAUAUUCCUAUUUCUGAAUUUAUUCUAAAUUCUCCAAAUCAUAAGAAGAAUUUAUACCUACUUAAAAGGCAGGCAUAGACUCCCAUAGAGAUGUUAGUGUCUAUGGGCUGCAGUAAUUACUUGACAUCGGACGUACAGCAUGUUCUUUUGUUGCCCUUUAACAUAAAAAAAAAUAUGAUGAAACAAAAAAAAACCUAAGUACAUAGUCGAUUUGAAAAUAAAUUCUCAGUAUAUUAAAUUGUGAAAUUAUUUCUCAAUGUAACAUAGAAAGGCAGAAAUGUACGUUAAAAAAAUGGCAGUUAGGCGGUAUUGGCGGUUUAACGUCGAAUUGUUCAUACAUAUGGCCAUACAAGAUUUAAUGACUACGUCAAAUGCUGUUGUAAGGUAAGCAACUUGUACUACGUUACUACAAUAAUAAUAAGGAAUUUAUGUAGAAUUCUCAUGGCACUCGUAGGUAAUAUUUCAUAUGGUGCAGUUAUUUUCUGUUACUCUCUUGAAAAAAGAAAAAAAAAUUUAAUUCAACAGUGUAGAUUAGAGUUGUAUUAUAUCCACAGAAAAAAAAACAACAACUGAUAAAUCUACAAAAAAAAAAAAUAGAAGAAAGAGACUAUAUUAAACUUCUUCUUAAUGAGUACCUCUGUUCCACGCAUAUUUCUGGCAUGGAGCAACUGUGCAUAGUGUUAGUUUAAAAGGGUGCAGGAUGGAAUACGCUGGUAACAUGACUAUAAAAUUUUAAAUUUUCUUUUUUAUUAUUAAGUAAAUGUAAGUACUUCGAAGUCGAAUUUUUAUUGUCUUUAAUAGACAUACACACAUAUGUUAUCAUAGAUUUAAGUUUAAAUAGUUAAUUAAGAUAUUGAAAUAUGUAUAUUUCGAAGUUUAUCUUUUGAAAAAUUUUAUUGUGUUUUUACUAUUUGGGUAGUAUAAGUUGAUUUUUACUCUAUACCUUAUAACUAAUUAUUGAUAUAAUGUACUCCAAAUGGCAUUACAGUUACUUAUGAUGUUUUAUAUGUAUAUUUAGAUAUGACUACGUAAUGUUCUAGGUUUUAGGUGCUUGUGGUCAAAGUAUAAAACGCUAUAUAUUGUAAGUUUUAGCCAUUAUAAUUCAUGAUCAUUUCGUUUAAUUUUUACUAACGUACUUAACCAAAUUAUUUCUUAUAAUAAUUUUCGGCAUAUUUGUAAAUUAAUUCCAUUUUAAUAACUAUUACAAAUAUUGUAUCAAUUAAUAACAUUAUGUUCUGCGCCAUCUAUUGGUGGCAGUAGACUAUUGAAAUUAUUAGAUAGUAAAUAUCACACAGGCCAAACUAGCGUGAUGGUAACGAUGCCAGUAUAAAGAUGUCGCUACAACAUUUGAUUUUUUAAUAGAUAAAAAAUACAAAAAUAUAUUAUUUAUAUUUAUUAAUUAUAUAAAUCAUAUUUAUCAUUAUUAAAUAUAUCUUUAUGAGCUUUAUUAUUAUGAUUAUGUGCUUGUGAAAUGCCUUGCAUGACUUAAUACAUUCUGCACUUUUAAACUGAACUGAAAAACAAUUUUCAUAUUUUGUAAUUGCAUGUUCAAUUCGAGAUAUUAAGUUAAAUAGGAAUAUUCUUAUUGGAUGAUAAUGGAAUGGUAAUCCCGCCUGCGCUAUCGGUAUACGCUGGCGGGGCAUCAGUAAUUGGUAAUAGUUGAGGAUGAAACCAGGUCGAUUGAGAUUUGAGAAGGAUUAAUUAUGGUGGUUUCCAAGGGAACCGCGUGGGGGUCGACCUGACAGGGUAUAUUGCUAGUAAUGGAGAUCAAUGUCUCCAUUACUAACAAUCCCUCUCUCGUCAGAUAAGAAUGUUACUUGUUAAUAGGAAUGUUUCCUAUCUAACUGCCUAAGUCAUAAAAUCAUACUACCUAAUUUGAAUUAAAUUAGGGCAGAGGUAGUUUUAGCAUUGAAAAUAAAACACUAACAUACAGACAAGAUAUUUAAAUACACAUAAUUUUAUUUGGCUAUCAUAUGUAUUCAUUAGCUUUAUAAUUAAAUACAUUUUUUUUAUUUUGUUUUCUUUUUAUUAUUAAGUAAAUAUUAGUUUUAAAAUUCAUUUAUAUUCAAUAUUUAGUUUUAAUUACUUAUAAUUGGGUAUUUAAUAUAAUUGCUGGACAUCGGAUAAUACUCGAGUAUUAUUUAAUUUGAUGUCCUUUACGUACAUUUAUUACUUAAUUAUAACUUUGUCUAAUCAAAUUUUUAAUGUACUAUAAGCUGCUAUUUGCUUUUUUUAAAUGGUUUUAUAUCCGCUUGCGCAAUUGGUAUUUAUAAGCGAAAAUGAAAUAUUAACCUCGCCUGUAUGUACUGGUGAAUCCAUCAGUGAAAGAUGAAGAUGUAAGUUAGAAUGGAUGUAGGUUAGGAAUGAACCAUGUUGGUUUCCAGGGGGAACCUCGUGGAGGUAUAUUGCAAGCAAUAGGGCUAUUAGACCCCGAUACUAAUAACCCCCCUCCCCCCAGCCCCCAAUAUGUUGUACGACCUCUAUAGCAAAACCAGUAAAGGUGCCUGCCAAAAAUACUAAAGACAUCUUCACAUAACAUUCAUUUUAUUACAAGUAUGUACAAUUAAAGGCGAAUAAAUAGAUAAAUACAGCGUUUGACUUUUUUGUAAAACUCUUUUGUUUUUUAACACUUUAUACCACAAAUGUGGCAAACAAGAAUACAGCCCAUCUGAUAGUAAGCGGUCACUGUAGCCUGUAAUGCCACGUGCAUGCUGUCGACCCUUAGGAAAUCUUAAUACACCCUUUAUAAAGAACCCCGUACUGUAGUCUCUGGGGGCAACCUUGGCAUGCUCAUCUACAGCCUGAGCGUCCUUAAAAAACAUAAUUCAUUUGUGGACUAAACUAAUAUAAUAUUAAAAAAACAUAACAUAUUAUUUAAUUCAGUUCUUUUAAUCAUGUAUACUAAUAAAUAUAAUUCCAAAGAACCAGUGAAUUCUCAAUGUGCCAAAAAAAUAAUUAAUCGUUGUUAAAUGUAAUUCGAUAUUUAAGUUUAUUAUUUUUAUAUUCGUAACACAAUAUACGUACGUGCCAUUAUAUAAAAAAAUAUGUUUUUUUUUUCUUUUAUUAGAUUUAUAUCUUUUGUUUCAUGACAUGUUUUGUUUAUAUGUUUUUAUAAAUUUUAAGAUAACAUUAUAAUUUUAAACCGUCAAUACACACAUUUAUUUUACUCGUUAUAUAUUAACUUAAUUAUAGUUAAAUAACAUUUUUCAUAACAUUAUUACGUAAAAUGUCUUAAACAUAUAUAUAGAGACUUAAUUUAGUUAACGGUUUUUUUUUUCUUUUAAAACCACAAUUAAAAACUAGCCGUCAACGUACUGGCUGGUUAUAAACCUAUUUUUAUUCUUUUUUUUAACUUUUUUAUGAAGAUUCCGGUUUAUAUUUUUGUGUACGUGUUGACGUUUUAAAAUCAUACCAUUUUCAUGUAAUUAUUAUAACGUCUUGUACCUAGUUUAUAAACAAAAAAAAAUUAGUUUAAGAAAAUUGUCGCUGAAUCGACGGUGCUUGUGUAUAGGUGUGAACAUGGCUUAAGUCUGAUUGCGUUCCAUAAGUUAUAAUGUUAAACUAAUUUAAAUAUGUAUUUCGAUAUUUCAUUGUAUGAUUAAAGAAUACACUUAACAAUUUUGUAAUUAAUUCCUAAUUUAAACUUCUAAAUUUUACAAAAUAUAGCUGGGAUCGUUUAAGAACCAGUAAAACUAUAAGAUUUAAAGCUUAAACUAUAUAGAUAAAGCAUUGAGCCUCAAAACAGAUUAACUUUUUGUCAGGUAAUUCAAUCAGUAUUCUAUAUAUUUACGCAUAAAAUGUACCUUGAGGUAUUAUUUAAUCUAUAAAAUGAGUGUUUACGCAUUAAAUAGAAUGCAGAAUUUGUAAGAUAAAAUAAAUAUAGAUGUUAUAAAGGAAUCAAUUACUCAUAAAUAUUCCUCACGCAAAAUUGUAUGAAAAAAUUGACCUGUUUUUCUCGAAGCAUUUCUAUGGGGACAUUCUAUUUAUAUAAGCUAAGAGUCCAAGUAAAGUCUGUUAAAUAGUAUUAUAAAAAUAGUAAGUUUACAUACAUUAACAAGAAUAUUUAUUUUCAUUUUUAUUUUUCAUUUAUUGUAAAAAUAAAAUAAUGUUCUUUGGUUUAAAAAAUACCUAAGUGCAUUUUUGUAUGAUGACCAAUAAUUAAUAUAUAAACAUACAAAUUUAUUAUACAUAUAUAAUAAUUUAUAAUUUAAAAUAUUUUAUUUUUCAGUUUUUUCCAUAUACAACAGACUUACGCCAUGUUGUCUUAUUUUUAUUAAGUACUAUUUUGCAUGUACCGUAAAGAGUGUUCAUGCCGAAGUGUAACAAUUUUAAAAUAAAUCUUUUUAUAUAA